AUGGCGAUCCCAAUCCUCGAAAUCCUCUCGCACCCCUACCUCCCAGCAGCGCUGGCCAUUUCCACCCUCAUCUACAUCAUAUAUUCAUACACCAAAUCCUACCUGCGCCUCUCGCAUAUUCCGGGCCCGCCGUUUGCCUCCCUAACGUACUUCUAUCUCAUCUGGCACAUCACCACAUACCGCCAAUCCGCUCAUUACCGCUCGGUCAACGAGCGCUACGGCCAUCUCGCCCGCAUUGGUCCCAACCAACUGCUAACCGAUGACCCAGAAGUCCUCCGCCGCAUGGGCGCCGCACGCUCCACCUACAGCCGCAGUGAGUGGUACGAUGCAGCGCGUAUGGACCCGUACCGCGACACACUCUUCUCAAUCGGGGACACUGACGAGCACGACCGGCUGAAGGCCAAACUCUCGUUUGGGUAUGGCGGCAAGGAGAAUCCCGGGCUGGAGGACGGUAUCGACGAGCAACUGAACGGGUGGGUCGCGCUGAUCAGAAGGAAAUACGUGUCGACCGACGAGAAGCUGCGGCCCAUGGAUCUCGCCACUACGACGCAGUACUUCACGCUCGAUGCACUGACCAAAAUUGCGUUUGGGAGAGCGUUUGGGUACCUGUCCACCGACUCAGAUGUGAAUGAUUAUAUCAAGGAGGUAGCCAAAUACAUACUGGGGCUGGUGCUGUGCACUGAGGUGCCGUGGCUGAGGAAGAUCUUGACGUUCCCUCUGCUGCUGAAAUAUGUGGGACCUAAGCCGACUGACAAGGCCGGCUACGGCAAGAUGCUGGCUGUAGCAGAGGAGAUUAUUCGCCCACGGUUCGAGCCUGGAGCCAAAGAUCACCAGGACAUGCUCGGCUCGUUCAUCAGACACGGGGUAUCACGCCGCGACUGCCAAGCCGAGGCGCUCUUUCAGAUCAUCGCCGGAUCCGAUACGACAGCCACGGCCAUGCGAGGCACAAUGCUGAACCUGAUGACGGCACCUCACGCCUACUACACGCUGCAGCAGGAGAUCGACGAUGCAAUCGCCAAGGGAGCCGUAUCGAACCCCGCGAAAGCGGAUGAAGGGAGGCAGCUGCCCUAUUUACAGGCCGUCAUCUACGAAGGCUUGCGCAUAAACAUACCCUUUUCCGGCCUCGUAUCAAAAAAAGUGCCUCCACGAGGCGAUACCAUCCUGGGGCACUUCGUUCCGGGUGGCACGAGAAUCGGGCACAGUACUUUAAGUGUGCAACGAUCCAAAUCCGUCUUCGGCGACGAUGCAGACCUGUUCAGACCUGAGCGGUGGCUGCAUGUCAACACCGAGACACUAAAUGAACUAAAGCAGCACGUCGAGCUGGUCUUCGGCUAUGGGCGCUGGGGUUGUAGCGGAAAGUCAGUUGCGUUUAUGGAACUGAACAAGGUGUACAUCGAGCUCUUGAGGCGUUUCAACUUCCAGCUCAUUGAUCCCAUGCACCCCAUGAAUUCCUGGAAUAAUAACAUGUUCUUCCAGGAUAACAUGUGGGUCAAGGUGACUGAGAGGUUCCCUGAUACAAAAACUUGA